GGAAGUGACGACAAAGACUUCCGGUCCGGGCAUUGCCGGAGUCCGGCCCGGUGGUGCGAGAGCGGCGGAUGGCGGGAGCUCGCGGGCCCGGGGCGGCGGUGACGGGAGCUCGCGGGCCCGGGGCCGCGGUGACGGGAGCUCGCGGACCCGGGGCCGCGGUGACGGGCGCUCGAGGGCCCGGGGCCGCGAUGGCGGUCGGAGCCGGAGCCUUGGGAGCUGUGGCUGGGGCGGCGGCAAAGUUAGCGCUGGGGGGAGAGAGGCUGCAGCUACUACUUCGGGCAGGCUGUGGAGGGCUAGUAUUAUUCUGCAAUGCUUUGAUGUGGAUGUUUUUUGCAAAAGCCCUGCGAUAUUCGACUUCAGCGCAAGCUUCCCUGACCAGUGUUGCUUCCAACUUCCUCUCAUCAGCUUUUCUUGGAAAGUUGCUGUUUGGAGAAGUUCACAAGCUGUUAUGGUGGGUUGGCAUCACAAUGACCCUCUGCGGAUUGCUGCUGCUCCACACAGUCAAGGACAUGGACCAGAGUAACACUUACAAGAAAGAGGAAUGAGGUGGAGGCUACGAAAGCAGGGAAAUACUCAGACUGUUGGGAGCGCUGUGCAGUGUGUGGUCCUGUAACACCUUUUGUUGAAACAACACAGAUUUUCCUCAGUAUUGUUACGUGAAGGUUUUCACUGUGUGAAGGAGUAAGUAAGAUGCUGGUAGGUUCAUCCUGCCUUGUAUCCUGAGCAUCCAUUGAAUUCUUGGCUUAAGGAGCUCUGAGCCAUCUCUCCCCACACAGCCUCCACUCCAGUUUGCCCUCCCUUUUUUUGUAGCAGUACAGUGAUCUCCAUGUCCUACUCUGUGACACAUGCUGCUGACUCCUCAUUAAAUCUUUACCCAGGAGUACUUUUAAAGCUUCUAAAAUCAGAGUCAUACAGUCAUAUAAGCACCAUGUCCAAUACAACCAUACCUGUACAUAAUGCAACUAGGUUUGAAUCUGGCCUGUUAAGACAAAAGUGCAGUCCAUAUAGAGAUUCUUCAUAUUGAUGACUACUUUUCUAUUUUCUUGUCUCCUGACUGACUUUCCAUAACAUACAGUCAGUUUAGUUCAAGCUGGUUUAUCUUUGGCAGUGUAUCUCCUUCCUCAGGUGUUCCAAUGUUUACAUUUCUCAUCCCUAAGUUUCACUAUUUUACCAUAUUCCCAGUAGCCUCUGCAUGUUAGUUAUGUUGGUUUCAACUUUCCCCACAUAAUGCAAACCGUCAGACUACCAUUGGAAGCCUCUGCUCUGUUCUGAAAUUCCCUCAUCAAAUGCCUUCCAUUCUCCACUCCAACAUCCAACACUGUUUCUACGGGGUUGUUUUCCCCCACCAGCUCCAAACACAGACGAGGACUAUAAAAGCACAGCACUGGAUGUUGAAGUGAAAAGCUGCUAAUGCAGGUGUUUGGGAGCCGCAGGUGACCAAGGCCAUUGAAAUCUGUCAGUUCAAACAGAGAAGUGCUGUAUGUUUGUUCUGUAUUGUGUACUGAGCCCAUUGCUUGCUGUCCGAAACAAAGAUAAAUUUGUAUUUCGCUCUUUUCAGUGUGCACUGCAAAAGAGAGCAGUAGUUUUAGGCUUACUAGCACUGGUCACACAAAUGUACUGUAUUUAGGUAGAAUUGAAUGGGAUAAGCUAUACUGUUCUGGGGUCAUUCCAUAAAAAUUCCCACCAUCCUACUCAUUUAUCAUGCAGAUCUUUGACUUUACAGAUAGUUGAGAUUGCUCACAUUCAGCUUGAGGAAUUAAGGACUGCUUUGGUUAAUAAAUUCAGAGGCUGAAUGAUAAUGUGAUGUAGUCCUUCACCAGUGGACCAUACUGAAGGGGGGAAGUUGAUCAAAUAAGGCAGUGAUGCUCAAACUUGUUUAGAGGACUUCUUUCUUCCUGCUUGUAAGUAACAUUUGUUAUAAAAUUAAUAUUUUA